AUGGCAGACCCAGUUGAUGCCGUCCCGUCGCCUCUUGACGAUGAGUACGAGCAAGAUGCAUCUUCAUGGCCUACCCGCCAUCUACUUGCUGACACGUGGGAGGAGAACCACCAGAUCCGAAAGAAUCUGAGACUGACAGGGAAGAUGAUGGUGUGGCCUAAGGUUGACCUGACUGGCGUAGCUACUUUGCAGUCUUUGAGUGCCAACCGUUUGUGCGUUGGUGAUGCACUGUGCGUUUGGGCCACCCAUUGCCCAGACCAUGCCAAACCUCCCCCCGUUGAAUGGUUGAAGGAUGAGGUGAAGCAGCUUUAUGAACUUCUCAGCAUUGAGCCCAAGCCCAUCAACAUCUACCUCGAUGCCUGGGGUGUCAAACGGUCCAUAUCAUUGUGUUUGAGGCGCUGGAGGGCCCCCAUCAAUAACUUCAGAGAUUCUUGGAUUUUUGUAAUAUAUCAUACAUCUAGAAAUACAUAG